AACAAGGCAAUUGAAAGAAAGAAAAGAUGGGCAGCAAUGGCAGCACCAUAGCCAAGAAAUGGCGGAUUCUCAGCGGGGAGAACAACUGGAAGGGGCUAUUAGAUCCGCCGGAGAUGGAUCUCCGGCGGUACAUCAUUCACUACGGCGAACGGGCUCAGGCAACCUACGACACCUUCAACUCCGAGAAGGCGUCGAAAUACGCCGGAAGCAGCCGCUACUCGAAGAAGAAUCUGUUCGCAAGGGUGGGCCUGGAGCAAGCCAACCCGUUCAGGUACCAGGUGACCAAGAAUAUCUACGCUACUUCGUCGAUUCCAUUGCCUGACGCCUUCAUAGUGAAGUCCCUGUCGAGAGAGGCUUGGAGCAAGGAAUCGAACUGGAUGGGCUAUGUGGCGGUGGCCACCGACGAAGGCAAGGCUGCGCUGGGGAGGAGAGAUAUAUUGGUUGCUUGGAGAGGAACGAUCCGGGCCUUGGAAUGGGUGAAUGAUCUGGAGUUUGUUUUGGUUUCGGCUUCAGAGAUUCUGGGAAAGAAGCAUGAUCCGAAGGUGCAUCAGGGUUGGGUCUCCAUCUACACCUCAGACGAUCCAAGGUCUCCAUUCAACACGACCAGCGCUAGAGACCAGGUUUUGAGCGAGGUUAGUAGGCUGGUGGAAGAGUACAAGAACGAAGAAAUCAGCAUAACCGUAACUGGCCACAGCUUGGGAGCAUCACUGGCAACCCUAAAUGCAGUGGACAUAGUUGCCAAUGGAUUAAACAAGCCUAAAGACCAGCGACACAAGGCCUGCCCAGUGACCGCCUUCGUGUUUGCCAGUCCGAGAGUUGGAGAUUCAGGCUUCAAGAAGCUCUUCUCCGAGCUGAAAGAUCUUCGAGUUCUUCGAAUCAGUAAUGCCCCGGAUAUCGUUCCAGAUUACCCGAUAAUAGGCUACUCGGAUGUGGGCGAAGAAGUGGCGAUUGACACGAGGAAGUCACAGUACUUGAAGAGUCCCGGGAACACGCAGACUUGGCACAAUUUGGAGGCUUAUCUCCAUGGAGUUGCAGGAACACAGGGCUCGAAAGAUGGGUUCAAGCUGGAAGUUCAGCGCGAGAUUGCGCUCGUUAACAAAUCGGUGGAUUGUUUGAAGGAUGAAUACGGCGUUCCCGUUUCGUGGCGAAUCGAGAAGAACAGGGGCAUGGUUCAGCAGCAGGAUGGAUCUUGGAAGUUGAUGGAUCAUGAGCCCGAUGAUUUCUAAAUCUUUUAAUCACCACGAAGAUACCUCUUUCAAUUAUACCCAUGAGAUUAAUUAAUAAUAUAGUAGCGACGGAAAAAUAAUUAUGAAACCGUUGCCAAAAGUUCAAAUAUUUGCCACAAAAAAAAUAAAAAAGCUUAUUUUUAGUCACAAAAUGCUUGUGAGGUAAAACUUUCAGCGACGGCUACGUCUGGUACUGUACUAGCUUGUUGGGGAUGUGUUUGUGCUGCGUUUGCUAGCAGAUCAGUUUGAAGUUUCCUUAGAAGCAUGCUUUAUUAAUAAUUGAAUUGAAAAUU